AUGGGAGGCCAGAACUUAUCAGCAGCAGCAGGUGAGCGGUGGCAGCAAGUGGGAUGGGUGGCAGUCGACGGUAGCUCCAACUACUUCGUUUUCUUGCUGCUCCGACGAGUUCGAAAAGGGAACCGAUUGAGAACCGCCAUCACCACCGUCUGCUUGCAUCGUCGAUCUCCGCCAGCUUCAACCAUCGUCAUCCCGUCGUCACUACCUUCAGGAGAUGUACCAAAUCUCUCAUUCAAUAUCUUCCGCUUCUCGAUUGUUCUGAUUUUAACGCAACAGAUAUUCCACCGCCUUAACAUAGGCUAUUUCAGAGUCGAAGACAAACCGCUGUUUGCUUACGAGCGAAGAAAGGGAGCUGCAGAGUACCCAUUUGCAGAAGAGAUUAACACACAUGAUUUGAAAAGGAAGGUGGUUGUUGAAGCGAAGAAAGAGAAAGUAUAUGAUCUUUAGGGCAUGUUUAUGGAUAUGCAGGGUUAUAUGCGUAUUGACGGAACAUCUUACUUUUUUUUCUUCCGGUUUAUGCAACAAAGUCAUGUUUUAUGGUUUGUCCAUGGGUAGGGGCUCUGACAGAGCAUGUUUUGUAUGAUGAAGUAAGCAGGUGGAAACAAACCUUUUGAACAUGUGUGGUGCUAUCAUGUCUGUCAUUAAUAAGUCAUUAAUAAGCAUUGGUUCCCUCUUCAUAUGCUGGAGCAUCUACUAUUUUCUGUUACAAAAUGUGAGUGUGGAGUCCGAGUAGGUAAUGUAACUGUAGCUUCUAUUGAUAGAUUUUGACAUGAUGAUCAUAUAAUUUUUUGUUAUUUUAGCAUUGAUUGCAUUCACAUACGACAAUAUUGUGAUUUCUUCAAUGAUUUUAAUAUGUAAGCUUAAAAAGCAACAAGAUGCAAUAAUGGAGAUUUCAUUUAGGGUUUUCAGAUUUUGUUUGAUCAUCUUAAGAUGCAAAUUAAUGGG